AUGUCUUACGACGAUAUUGAAAACGCCACUCCAGACAUAGUCAUUGGAAGCACUCUUCCGGAAGAUGACGAAGAAUUCCAAUAUGAACAUGAUCUCGAAAGUGAUAACGAAUUACAACAACAAGAAGAUGUGACUCAACAACAAGAAGAACCAGUUAAGGGAAAGAAAUCUGUUGCAUUCGCAGGCUUAGAUGAUGAAGUGGAUGAAGAAGAAGCCAAGAGAGAAUUUGAAGAAGGUGGUGGAUUACCAGAACAACCAGAAAACCCAGACUUUAGUCAGUUGACCCCAUUGUCACCUGAAAUUAUCAAUAGACAAGCUACUAUUAAUAUCGGUACUAUUGGGCAUGUCGCUCAUGGUAAAUCCACCGUUGUCAGAGCCAUUUCUGGAGUUCAAACUGUUCGUUUUAAGGAUGAAUUAGAAAGAAAUAUUACUAUUAAAUUAGGUUAUGCUAAUGCCAAGAUCUAUAGAUGUGACAAUGAAGAAUGUCCAGAACCAGAUUGUUACCGAUCAUUUAAAUCUGAUAAAGAAAUCAGACCAAAAUGUGCUCGUCCAGGUUGUACUGGUCGUUAUAAAUUAACUAGACAUGUUUCAUUUGUUGAUUGUCCAGGGCAUGAUAUUUUAAUGAGUACUAUGUUGUCAGGGGCAGCCGUUAUGGAUGCCGCAUUGUUACUUAUUGCCGGUAAUGAAAGUUGUCCACAACCACAAACUUCCGAACAUUUAGCAGCAAUUGAAAUUAUGAAAUUAAAACAUGUUAUCAUCUUACAAAAUAAGGUUGAUUUAAUGAGAGAAGAAUCUGCCUUGGAACAUCAAAAAUCUAUUAUUCAAUUUAUUAGAGGUACUAUUGCUGAUGGCGCACCAAUCGUUCCAAUCUCAGCUCAAUUGAAAUAUAAUAUUGACGCAGUUAAUCAAUUUAUUGUUAAUUAUAUUCCAGUUCCAAUGAGAGAUUUCUCUGCUUCCCCAAGAUUAAUUGUCAUUAGAUCUUUCGAUGUUAAUAAACCAGGUGCCGAUGUUGAUGACUUGAAGGGUGGUGUUGCUGGUGGUUCUAUCUUAACCGGUGUCUUCAAGAUUGGCGAUGAAAUAGAGAUUAGACCAGGUAUUGUUACCAAAGAUGAUAAUGGUAAGAUUCAAUGUAAACCAAUUUUCUCCAAUAUUGUCUCAUUAUUUGCUGAACAUAAUGAUUUGAAGUUUGCAGUUCCAGGUGGGUUGAUCGGUGUUGGUACCAAGGUUGAUCCUACUUUAUGUAGAGCUGAUAGAUUGGUUGGUCAAGUUGUUGGUGCUAAAGGUAACUUACCUUCUAUUUAUACUGACAUUGAAAUUAACUAUUUCUUAUUAAGAAGAUUAUUGGGUGUUAAGACUGAAGGUCAAAAACAAGGUGCUAAGGUUCGUAAAUUGGAAGUUGGUGAAGUGUUGAUGGUUAAUAUUGGUUCCACCGCCACUGGUGCCAGAGUUGUUGCUGUUAAAGCUGAUAUGGCCCGUUUACAAUUAACUUCUCCUGCAUGUACUGAGGUCAAUGAAAAGAUUGCCUUAUCUAGACGUAUCGAAAAGCAUUGGCGUUUAAUUGGUUGGGCUACUAUCAAGAAAGGUACCACCUUAGAACCAAUAGCUUAG